ACUGUGUUCAUUCUUUCUGGCACAAUCGAUCGCCGAGCCAUGGUUAGAAAGUGCUUUGUUAAGGGACAGCUUCAUAGAGAUGGUUUGGUAGAAGUCGUUUCCUGUUUUGGACAUUGUGGGCAUCCACACCCUCUGCCAACUUCCACAGAGAAUGAAGUCUCCAGGGACCAUGAACUUGCCAACACCAAUGCAAGUGGCGCUUAUACUCUAGAUCCAAGCACCUCUUCAUAUGAAAGCUCCAGUCAGACUUGCAGCAACGAUGAUUUUGACAUAGACGAGGAAGAAGACGUAGAGCACGAAGGAGAAGGUGAAGACGAGGUCAUUAUCGUUGACGAUGUUCCUCAGCCAGUACCGAGCCAGGAUACUGUUGCCAAAGAGAAAACUUUGGAGGCAUAUAGGCGAUUUGAGCAAAAACUUCUACAAGUAGGUGAAUUGAUGCAAAUGUUCGUUGAGGACCAGCGAUACGACCUCAUGAACAAGUUCAAUGAUAUGCUUGAACUUGUGAUGCAACAGGUCCCACCUGAUCUGAUUAAUCGAACCAAUUUUGGAAAGCAGUUGAAUGCUCAGUCUGAGAAUUCAUGA